AUGUGUUUUGGUAGCAGCACUGACGGUCGCAGUUAUUCCGAGCAGCCUGCAAGGCCAAUUGAACUCCGCCCGCUAAGCAUCCAGAGCUCUUCAUCAGGCCGUGUGAGGGUACCCUCAAGCGCCCACUUGUCGUCUUCAUCUUCUGGCGGUGUGAGGAUUCAACGAGGCUACGCGUCGUCUUCGUCGUCUGGCGGUGUAAGGCUGCCAUCAAGCUAUGCACCAUCUUCUUCGUCAGGUGGUGUAAGGCUCCCAUUGACAUCGCAAUCUUCAUCUUCCUCGUCGGUCUACAUUAGAGAUCCGGUCGACUGGAACACAAGGCCCGAUGUGCUGGCUCGCCACCGACAGUACAAAGCAGCGGACGUUCGACAUAGUGCAGAUAAAGGAAGAUAUGAAAUAGAAAGGAGACAAAGAACGGUCGAUCGAAGCCAAAGAAGUCUGACGUAUACCCCACAAGACCUGACCCUCGAGAGCCACGAGUACCUCGGACCUGUGGCUGGACAGUGGCAUGGUAGCGCCAACCGGCAUGCGGAUUUGAGAGAGGGUUUUCUCACUGAUUACCCAAGGGCAUACAGAAACAAAGCUAGUGUUCGGACGCAUCGAGAAGCGGCCGAAGCUGCGCGCAACUCCGCUGCCACUGCCGAGGGGUAUAUGGAGGAACAUACGAGAUAUGGGUAA